UCGAGCUUCGUGUGCGUGAGAAGACUUGCAGGAUUUGGGAGAAUUUCAGCGGUACGGAAGAAAGGGAUUAUUAAAGCAAAAGAGAGAGAGAGAGAGAGAGAGAGAGAGAGAGAGAGAGAGAGAGAGAGAAUAUUUUUUAAGGGCACAAAAAAAGAAGUUCGGAAUAGAGAAGCUAUUGAAAAGCUGGAGAUGUCCUAUCCCUGCUGCAUCUUGGUUGGGUACCUGUUCCUAGCCCUGCUCUUGCAUGGGCUGGGAGAAGGUUCUGCACUUCACGACAGCAGGAUUCAUCCUCAAACAUUCGAAAAGAACACAUGGCGAACUUUCAAGGAAUCACAGUGUCACCACAUGCUGAAACAUCUUCACAAUGGAGCUCGGAUUACUGUACAGAUGCCACCCAUGAUUGAGGGACAUUGGGUCUCAACUGGUUGUGAAGUUAGAGCAGGUCCAGAAUUCAUCACAAGAUCCUACAGAUUCUACCAUAACAAUACGUUUAAAGCUUAUCAGUUUUACUAUGGAAGCAAUCGGUGUACAACCCCAAUCUAUACCUUGGUUAUCCGUGGUAAAGUCCGCCUUCGUCAAGCAUCCUGGAUUAUCCGAGGAGGGACCGAAGCGGAUUAUCAAUUGCAUAACAUUCAGAUCAUCUGCCACAAUGAGGCAGUAGCUGAUAAACUAAAUCAGUUGGUGAACCGCACAUGUCCUGGAUUUGUAGCAGGAGAUAAACCUUGGGAGCAGAAUGUGAGCUAUGAUUUAUGGAGAGAAGAGAAUGGCUAUGAGUGCACAAAGGCACUGAAUUUUGCUAUGCAUGAACUUCAGCUGAUUCGAGUAGAGAAACAAUACCUUCACCAUAAUUUAGAUCACUUAGUAGAAGAACUGUUUCUUGGAGACAUCCACACAGAUCCUGCUCAAAGGAUGUAUUAUCGCCCAUCCAGUUACCAACCUCCACUCCAAAAUGCCAAGAACCAUGACCAUUCGUGUAUAGCAUGUAGGAUCAUCUAUCGAUCAGAUGAACAUCAUCCUCCAAUUUUGCCUCCAAAGGCGGAUUUGACUAUUGGAUUACAUGGGGAAUGGGUGAGCCAUCGCUGUGAAGUACGUCCUGAAGUGCUCUUUCUUACUAGACAUUUCGUUUUCCAUGACAACAAUAAUACCUGGGAAGGUCACUACUAUCAUUACUCUGAUCCAAUAUGCAAGCAUCCCACCUUCACUAUUUAUGCAAAAGGCCGUUACAGCAGGGGUGUACAUUCAACCAAAGUGAUGGGAGGAACAGAAUUUGUCUUUAAAGUGAAUCAUAUGAAAGUUACUCCCAUGGAUAUAGCUACAGCCUCUCUCCUGAAUGUUUUCAAUGGAAAUGAAUGUGGAGCAGAAGGAUCCUGGCAAGUUGGUGUGCAGCAAGAUGUGACUCACACAAAUGGAUGUAUUGCUUUGGGAAUCCGUCUGCCUCACACAGAAUACGAAAUCUUCAAAAUGGAGCAGGAUGCCAGGGGGAGAUACUUGCUAUAUAACGGCCAGAGGCCUAGUGAUGGAUCCAGCCCAGACAGACCAGAAAAAAGAGCAACCUCCUACCAAAUGCCCUUAAUCCAGUGUACAUCAGCAGCCCCAAGAAUAGAAGGAACAUUAGAAGAAAACAUUCUAGGGUGGUAUAAUAAUGGAGCAUCAGCAAGCAAUUCCUGUGUAUUUAUGCUAGCCACAAUGGUGGUUAUUUAUAUUGUGCCUCACUUGGACCUUCUCAGCUAGAAGAACAUUUUGAAAUUUCUCAGAUCAGGGCAAUAUAGGAAUUGGGAUCCAUGAAAAUGGCAAAGGGCAUUUUUAAGACAAGACUAAUAAUUUUCUUGAUGCACUUGAAUGCCUAAGAAUUUUCUUUAUUUUCUCAUGCUUUCCUGUAUUUGAAUCAUGAACAGCACUCAUUUUUUUGAGCUUCAUCCAGUCCGAUCUACGGUUUGACAUGACUGCACAAUAGUAAUUGCACUUUAAGACUGCAGUUUCUUUAUUUCAUGUUAAAAGCUGUUACAACUAACCAGAACAUAUUCUGCAACCUUUCUUCCAUCAGCUUUGCUGUUGCAGCCCAUUGAAUUAAAGAAUAUUUUUCACUGAAUUUAAUUAUCAGAUAUUAUACUUUUAUAGUGCCAAUACUAGAAAACUGCAUCUUUCUUAAGCUACAAUGUACAUAUGUAUAUACAAAAAAUUCAAACCAUGGAUGUAUCUAAAUAUACUUUUAUAGAUUUUACGUAUGAAAUGCUUAGAAUAAAAUAACUGAAUGAGAAAUAUAAAAUCUUCAAAAAUUGAAAAUAUAUAAAGAUUUUGUGAAAUUAAAUUCAAUGAUGCAUAAUAACACAUGACACGUUUUAUAUUGUUGCUCAAUGUAUGAUAAUUUAAUGAUUUUCUGAUUUCCAAUAACUUGUAAUUAAAAUUAUAGUGUAAAAUGGGGGAGCAAAAGUUACAAGACUUCUCGGUUAACAGCCAAAAUAUUUUUAAAAUAUAUUUUCAUGAAAGAAAUGUUGUCAUAUUCAUUGCACUUACCUUGAAUCUCAUUUUAUUAAAGUGGGAAAUUAAUUAAAACAGGGCUAAUUCUAAUAAAUGUCAUUCUUUGCAAGGAAACUUUUAAAACUAAGAAUACUAAAAUAGUAAUGAAACAGAGCAUAUGGAUAAACUAAACACCAUUAUAUCAUAAAAUAUAAUAGAUAAUUCUCUUACAUCUUAUAAGAGUUCAGUAUAUUGAUUAUGAUUUAGCCAUUUUGUAACCUCCUUAAUUUUAGAAGUCUAAUUGGAAUUAAAAAUGCAAGAAAAAGUUAAGGUGAAGCUUAUCCUUUGAAAUUAAAAACUUUUAAUAUGUCAUGUUUAACAUAGUAGCUUAUAAUUUAUUCUCUUUUUAAUAAAAUGCAUUAUUGAAAGCAUUGCAAAGAUUUGAAUAUGAAAUUAAGAAAAUUCCUACCUAUUUUUUUCCUGGUAUUACGUCAAAGCUCAGUAGCAAUUCUAUUAAGAUUGCUUUUUGCUAAUAUUAUUUUUGAGUCUUUACAGCUAGCAAUAUAUGUAGAAAAUCAAAAGUACAUAGUACAUCAUGAUCUUUAUUAUUUCUCAAACAUUUCUAAAGAUGAUUUUAAAAUUAUAUCACCUAUCUACUUCACUUUGGAAAACAUGUAUAAUUCUGCAAUGAUGACACUUGUAUUUAAACCCCAUUAUUUUUGAGUUUUUAAACUGAUAAGAUAGCAAUUUAGUUUUUAAUUUAACAGUAAGAAACAGAAAACAAUGUAUUAGAACUUCCAGUCAGUACUAUAUACUGUAUUCACUUCCAUAUACUUCCCACAUACUAUUUGAGGAUUUAUGUGCAUGUUUAUUGACACAAUUUCCUCUCCAAAAUUUCAGUUUAUAUACUGAGAUGAUUGGCAAAUUUCCACUUUUAUAUUUAAUAGGGAAGAUCAUGAGGAUAUCAUGUUUUUCAACUGAAUCUUGCAUUAAAAUAAUGUCGUAUAUAGUGCAUUCUUUUGUUUAAUGCUAAUAAAGGGACUGAGCUCUGAAAUUUUCAUCUCCUGGUAUCUGGGUAUGCUACUGAAAUUUACAUUAAUGCUGGCUUAAAUAAUUUCCUUCCAAUUGUAUGGAAAAGAAACAAAAUAUACUAAAAUCAAAGGGAAUGGGCAGAUCAUGAAACUAUAAGCUUCCAUUAAAAUGAAACAAAAAACAAAAACAACUCAUAAAUGAGCAUUCACAAGAUGUAUGAAAACCAGAGAGACAUUCUUAAAAGUAAAUUAGUAUUUGAAAUAUUCUAUUGAUACACUGGCCACAUAUUAAUUUCCAGAAAGAAAAGAUAAUUCAUUUAUAUUAAAGGCAUUCAUUUAAAUAAUGAACACUGCAUGCAAUCAGCUGUGUUUUCUGAUUUUGAUAGGCAAAUGGGCUUACAUGUGUGCAGAACUACACCUACUGUAUUAAAACCAAUACAGUAAUCCUCUGCACUUAAAGAUGUUGGACUAUGGGAUCAGCAGACUGCAAUUGCAUGGAUUCAAGCAUGGUUCCACUUUUUGGGAUUAAAUUGUAAACUGGAUUUAUAUUUACAUACGUAUGUGCCCAAGAAUUGUAAGAUACACUUUUUCCUAAUAUUUUACCCCUGUUCAUUUUCUAAUUUAAAGUGCUUGGGAAACUUGAGCAUAUUAAUACCCUAAAUACAUGAAACUAAUUACUAGAAGAAUAACUAAUUCUUCUACACAAAAAUGUUUUUGUCAACUACAGCUGUCUCUUAUUUGCUAUCCAGAUGUGUUGAGAUUGAAACUCCCAACAUUCCUUAGGAACCAUGGCUACAAAGCCUCUUAAGGAUGUAAGUCUAUGAAAAUUUUUCUGUUAGAUUGCAAGAUGAAACAUUUUGCUGUUUUACAAAAAAGUGACAUGCUAUAGUGAACAUUAAAUACAUUCUAGUACGAAUUAGCAAAUUCACAUAGAUAAAAUGGUGCACAUAAAGCAGGGCUGUCAAACUCCUGGCUUGCGAGUCAGAUGCAUCACAUACUGGCCACGCCCACGCCCAGUUUAGUGAAGAGGGGGAACUCCCAAUACAUCACGUGACGUUGCAGUGACGAUGCGAGUUUGACACACUGACAAAGUAAUUCUGGUUGAAAUUAGUUUUAUCUUAUUCACAGUUGAAAUUAUUUAUAUCCAAUUAUUUAACUUUUAAAAGAGCAGGGAAUGUGCACAAAUAACUUGGCAUGAUAUUGCAGCUAACGUUCAAAAUGUUCAUUUUGUUCUUAUAUUCUGAGAGGAUGUAUAAAAUCUUCACCUACCAUUUAAUAUUUCCAACUUAGAAUUUGUUUAUGUCUUGCAAAAGUUGCAAAUCCAAAUUUUAUAUUCAUUAAUUUACUGUUGUGCAUACUGGCUAUUCUGUAAUGGAUUUAAAAAAGGAAUAUGGUGUAAGAUUGUUUUUUAAUGAACACAGACGAUUUAUGUAAAACAACUAUUAGCACA